UGGAACCCCCAUCCAGUUUGAAGAGCAGCAGGGUACCAGAUAAUUUUCGCGCCGCUCUUCUGUACCCCUCACCAGCUCUAUUCUCUCAACCUGCAAUAACGCGCAGAUCGUUCCAUCGUUCCCUCCGUUCCUGGUCAUAGGGCCGUUUUAUACUAGUCUACAGUAGUAGUACCUCACCUCACGUCCCCCCCUUCUACACAUAAACUUCCACCCGUCUCGUCACUUCCAAGCCCUGUGUUUCCAAGCACUUGUCGCCUUUCACCCCCCACAUCUCCAAUCUCUCUUAUUGCCCAACGGUACAACCGCAAACCUCUCCCACGACAACACCCUCACAGCCAGUCAAGCGGGCAGCGGUCAGCGAACAUGGGAAACGUCUCGUCUAGAUCUCCGGCAAUGGUUUACAAGGACGGCAAUAUCUGGAACAGCACUUUUGACGAAGCUGGGAACAGCUGCUGGGUGAACAGCGCCACCGGCGAGAGAGCCUACCACUUCAUCGGCGGCAAGGCCGUGAGGGGCCCGUCAAGCGCCGCCAGUUCGCCCCACACCAUGCAGAGUCCCGGGCGCGUCUCCCGGCGCCCCUCAGAUACCACAUCGCCCUACGCUAUGCAUAGCCCCGGGCACGCCGCGCCCUGGACCGCAGGCGUCCCCGCGAUGCACAGCCCGGGAGGCUACGUUGCUCCCCCCAUGCAUCACAGCCCUUCCCCGGCGGGCUUCGCUGCGCACGCAAUGCACAGCUCGGCGCCAGCGGAUUUAGCUUGUCCCACGACGAACCACCCUGUGCCUGGCCAAGCUGCCGCGACCAUGGUCCCCUACUCCUACUACCAUCAGCCGGGCUACGGGGGGGUUGUUGCCGCCGGCGACCCGACUCCUACUGCCGCUGGCGAAGCAAUCGGGUAUCCCUCGAGCAAGCACUAUGUCAGGCCUCGCUCAAAGGCGUCGUGGAUGUGGACCCAGCCGUAGUGGCGAGCCCGUUUCUUCCUGACAUAAAAAAGUAGACCCACGCUUCAAGAUUGUUUCUGUCUGGUGUUUGUGGUACUGUGGUCGAGUGUACGGCGGUUGUGACGGUUUCAACCUGUUGUUGUUGUGGGUCAAGGGGAUACCAUUCUCCCAUCUGAUAUUCCGUUGUGUUAAAAGUAGAACUUCGGUGACACAUCGGCAAGCAGGCGUGACAUUUUCAUUUAGUUUAUUUACCAAAGCUACAGAUCGCCUAUGCUACGGCCGGGGUACACAACAAGGAUGUCCCCGUAUGUGUAAUAGGUGAGCGAGGGGUGUGCACGGCGUAUGAGAGACGCUGACAAGCACUCCAAAAUCGGUAGCACUAAACUCCGCACAUACAAUACGCGGGUUUCGGCUGCUUCGAUGUGACCAAACAAUGCGUCUCUGGUCUUCGGUCAUCCUAUUACUGGGUUUUUGUAAAAAAUGGUGUUGGGGUUACAUUAUCAAAGCGAACACAUUGAAUGUUUUGUAGAGAGGUUGGACUCUUUCGCCUUCUGCCGUAAAAGCUGUCGGUUGAUCCUUGUUUCAAUGAUCCUUGAGGUGCCUAUGACUAGAUCGAGCGUGGUGAGCACCGUGAAUGCCUCGUGCGUACGAAUACAUACGUGCAUGUAUGAGAGCAUUUUUUUUAAGGGCGGCACAGGUCUUCCUGGCAAUAAUGCCGUGCUCGUCGCGGGUCACAGGCACCAGAAGUCGAAGGCCGUUGUUUUUCAAGGCUCCGAGGGCUGGUUGUAGCUUCCGUGGGAGAACAUGUAAAUAAUGUAAAGUUUAGUGUCGACAGUUCGCGAUACGAGGUACUUAAGCUGCCCAGCGGCAGACGUGUGCAUUUUUUUUUGCAGAUGGUAAUGACGCUGGUUUCAUGUCACGGGAGGGAGCACAACUCCCACCGAGGCAUGGUUAGCUAUAUUGAGCGAGAUACGCGAUGACCCACAGCUGGGUUGACGAGGCUGGAUGCAUCGGUUUGUUGUUGGUACAGGUUGAUCUUUCUGGUACAGGUGGAGUGAGUCGUUGCCCCCCCCCCCAAACCAGCAGCCGAUCUUCGCACAAGGCAGAAUGGACGUAUUGAGAGGGGACAGACAACUUAUCUAUUUGUUUGUUUUGGUGCACCUGAUGCUCAGCAAUGUGAGACGUUGCGUGCAUUCAAGUUCAUCAGGCAGGUGCAAGGAGUUUGAAGAUUAUUGAUGGAAGCGAGAAUUUUCAUGUGAAUUGAAAAAUAUAUACUUCGGGAUGCAGUCCAUGGGGACGACGUAGUGGAGAGAUGCGAAAGACGACAGAGAGGAGGGAAACCUCGCAGCAUGCUAAAUGAUAGGGUACGUAUGUGGCCAAACGGGUUUAUGGUGUCCACCGACCACUACACGAUGAGUAAAUCGUGGUUAGUGUGUGACCUGGCCUGAGUCCGAUGUUGGUGAAGCAAUGUAGGGGAUGGAAUGCAGAGUUUUGGUUGCAGGGUGUGGGGUGACCGUGCUGAACGGAUGUCGAAGGCUGCAGAUAUGCGAGGGCGGUCGAGAGGUGGGGUGGGAACACGGUGUUCUCCAAAAGGCGGACGAGAAGAGAAAAGUGGACGAGAAAUUUGUUCGAGUAGUUGAAGCUGGUUGACGGAAUCGCUCAUUGACUCGGGCUAAGUGAGGGAAAUCCUUACGUGCACUUCGAGCCCUGCCGUCGAUAGUAAUACGGACUUGAUCGAGACUGACUGCGAAGAGCACCGGAUGAGUUUUUGCGUGUGUUACUGCCUUGUGACGGGCCACGGAACGACAGGCCGUAACGACGAGGUAUCAUAUGGAGAAGCUUGACCAUCCAUUAGACUACACGUCAUGUAUUUUCUGACCAUCCUCUCUGUAUGAGAAUUUUUCUGUCCAUCUAUCUAUCUUGUAGAACAGCGUGCGUGGCGCUUGGUCUGAGCAAUUAUAUGACCAGUUAAACAAAACAAAUGCUGGAAGUACCCCUCUGCCCAUGAUGUGCA